GCCGCACCUCCCCUUCCUCCCUCCCGCCCUGCCCGGCCCGCGAGCGCGGUUAGACCGUGGGGAAAGCAGCCGCGGGGCCGCCGCCCGCAGCUCCAGACGUGCGGGCGCCUGGAGAGAGGAUCCUCUGCAUCACCUCUCGCUGCGCCCCCGCCCGUUCAGCAAGAUGUCUGUGAAGGAAGGAGCUCAGCGCAAAUGGGCCGCGCUGAAGGAGAAGCUGGGGCCGCAGGAGUCAGACCCCACGGAGGCCAACCUGGAGAACGCAGAGCCUGAGCUGUGCAUCCGGCUGCUGCAGAUGCCCUCCGUGGUCAACUACUCGGGCCUGCGGAAACGCCUGGAGGGCAGCGAUGGAGGCUGGAUGGUGCAGUUCCUGGAGCAGAGCGGCCUGGACCUGCUCCUGGAGGCUCUGGCGCGGCUGUCGGGACGUGGUGUGGCCCGCAUUGCAGACGCCCUGCUGCAGCUCACCUGCAUCAGCUGUGUGCGUGCAGUCAUGAACUCCAAGCAGGGCAUCGAAUACAUCCUCAGCAACCAGGGCUAUGUGCGCCAGCUCUCCCAGGCCCUGGAUACAUCUAAUGUGAUGGUCAAGAAGCAAGUGUUUGAGCUGCUGGCUGCUCUGUGCAUCUAUUCACCUGAGGGCCACGCCCUGACACUAGAUGCCCUGGACCAUUACAAGACGGUGUGCAGCCAGCAGUACCGCUUUAGCGUCAUCAUGAACGAGCUCUCGGACAGCGACAAUGUGCCCUAUGUGGUUACCCUACUCAGUGUGAUCAACGCCAUCAUUCUGGGUCCUGAGGAUCUCCGUACCCGUGCCCAGCUGCGGAGUGAGUUUAUCGGGCUACAGCUGUUGGUUAUUCUGACCCGGCUACGAGAUCUGGAGGAUGCUGAUCUGCUGAUCCAGCUGGAAGCCUUCGAAGAGGCCAAAGCGGAGGAUGAGGAGGAGCUGCAGCGUGUCUGCGAUGGUAUCAACAUGAACAGCCAUCAGGAAGUCUUUGCCUCCCUCUUCCACAAGGUGAGCUGCUCCCCAGCAUCAGCCCAGCUGCUGUCGGUACUGCAGGCUCUCAUGCACCUGGAACCUGCUGGCCGCUCGGGCCAGCUGCUCUGGGAGGCCCUGGAGAACUUGGUGAACCGUGCCGUGCUCCUGGCCAGUGAUGCCCAGGCCUGCACGCUGGAGGAGGUGGUUGAGCGACUGCUGUCCAUGAAAGGGCGGCCCCGACCAAGCCCCCUGGACAAGGCCCACAAGAGUGUCCAGGCCAACCUCGGCCAGAACCGGGACAGUUCCUCCCCAAACACUACUACUCCCACAGCUAAAGGGGAAGGCCAGCAGCCAGUGGUGGCUUAUACCUGCCCACAUGUGGGCGGCAUCCACAGGGCCAGUGAUGAUGUGGCUCCGCAGCCAACAGCCCUUGACCAGGCAGCCUCGCCUCUACCCACCCCACCACUCUCCAGCUCCACCCCUGUGCCCCCUCCCCCCGCACCCCCCCUGCCAGGCCAAGGGGCCAUGUGUCCCCCUCCCCCUCCCCCACCACCCCCCCUGCCAGGCUCAACGACCGUGUCUCCCCCGGCACCUCCGCCUCUGUCAGACUCCUGGAGGACCCUGCCCCCACCCCCGCCCCCACUCCCUGGCAUGGGGUGCCCACCUCCUCCCCCUCCCCCUCCCCCACUACCUGGAACAGGCGGGGCCCCUCCCCCACCUCCUCCCCUGCCCGGUUUCUCUGUCCCCUCCACGGUGGGUGGUGUGGAGGAGGUCAUUGUGGCUCAGGUGGACCGCGGCCUGGGCUCAGUCUGGGUCCCCAGUCACCGCAGGGUGAAUCCACCCACCCUGCGUAUGAAGAAGCUGAACUGGCAGAAGCUGCCGUCCAAUGUGGCAAGAGAGCGCAAUUCCAUGUGGGCCACACUGAGCAGCCCCUGCACUGAGGUGGUGGAACCUGACUUCUCCAGCAUUGAGCAGCUCUUUUCGUUCCCCACGGCUAAGCCCAAGGAGCUCUCUGCUGCCCCCACCAGAAAGGAACCCAAAGAGGUCACUUUCCUGGACUCCAAAAAGAGCCUGAACCUCAACAUCUUCCUGAAGCAGUUUAAAAGCUCCAAUGAAGAAGUCACCACCAUGAUCCGGGCCGGAGACACAACCAAGUUUGAUGUGGAGGUCCUCAAGCAGCUCCUAAAACUCCUUCCAGAAAAGCAUGAGAUUGAGAACCUGCGUGCAUUCACUGAGGAGCGGACCAAGCUGGCCAGUGCUGACCAGUUCUACAUCCUCCUCCUGGACAUCCCCUGCUACCAGCUGCGGGUGGAGUGCAUGAUGCUGUGUGAGGGCACGGCCAUCGUACUGGACAUGGUGCGGCCCAAGGCCCAGCUGAUGCUCGCCGCCUGCGAGAGUCUGCUCACCAGCCAGCGGCUGCCUGUCUUCUGCCAGCUGAUCCUUAAGAUUGGGAAUUUCCUCAACUAUGGCAGCCACACAGGAGAUGCAGACGGUUUCAAGAUUAGCACAUUGCUGAAGCUCACGGAGACCAAGUCCCAGCAGAGCCGUGUAACCCUACUACACCAUGUGCUGGAGGAAGUGGAGAAGAGCCACCCAGACCUCCUACAGCUGCCACGCGACCUGGAGCCACCCUCUCAAGCUGCAGGAAUCAACUUGGAGAUUAUCCGCUCAGAGGCCAGUGCCAACUUGAAGAAGCUUCUGGAAAUAGAACGGAAGGUGUCCGCCUCGAUCCCUGAGGUGCAAAAGCAGUAUGCCGAGCGCCUCCAGGCCAGCAUUGAGGCCUCUCAGGCACUGGACAAGGUGUUUGAGGCUAUUGAGCAGAAGAAGUUGGAACUGGCCGACUACCUGUGCGAAGACCCCCAGCAGCUGUCUCUAGAGGACACGUUCAGCACCAUGAAGACCUUCCGAGACCUCUUCACCCGUGCCCUGAAGGAGAACAAGGACCGGAAGGAGCAGAUGGCGAAGGCAGAGAGGAGGAAACAGCAGUUGGCAGAGGAGGAGGCGCGGAGGCCGAGGGGCGAAGACGGGAAGCCUGUCAGAAAGGGGCCCGGGAAGCAAGAAGAGGUGUGUGUCAUCGAUGCCCUGCUGGCCGACAUCAGGAAGGGCUUCCAGCUACGGAAGACAGCCCGGGGCCGAGGGGACAUUGAAGCAGGCAGCAGAGUGGCUCCAGCAGAUCCUCCAAAGGCCCCAGAGCCUGCAGCCGCCAGCAAUGCUGUACAAGGCACAAACCACCCUGCCUCAGAGCCAAGCUUGAACACUGCGGCAGCUGGCGAGUCACAGGGUUGGGACCUUGUGGACGCUAUAACCCCCAGCCCCCAGCCCUCCAAGGACGAAGGUGGUCCCCCAGCUCUGGAGAGGCGUUCUUCCUGGUAUGUGGAUGCCAGUGACUUCCUGGUCCCUGAAGACACCCUGAAUGGCCAGCCCUCUGAGGGGGUCUGGCCAGUGACUCUGGGAGAUGAUCGGGCGCUGAAGCCCCUCGAGUUCUCCAGCAAUAAGCCUCCUGGAGUCGAGAGCUCGCACCAGGAUGCUGUGGACCCGGAAGCCUUGUGGGGUGUCCACCAAGCUAAGGCUGACAGCACAAAAGAGAGACCAGAGGAUGCGUCUGAGCAUGAUCACAGCACCCACCUCCCCUGCACAGGCCCUGGAGAGGGUGAGGACCAGGAUGACACAGCCCCAGAGUCUGCACUUGACACGUCCCUGGACAGGUCCUUUUCUGAGGAAGCAGUAACAGAUUCCUCAGGGUCUGGCACCCUCCCCAGGGUCCGAGGCCGGGUCUCAAAGGGGACGAGCAAGCGAAGGAAGAAACGUCACUCAAGGGACCAAGAAGGGCCUGGGACCUCUCCCUGCCAUCCAGCUGGUCCCUCCCCUAUCCCUGCGGGUACUACAGGCUCAGCCAGCGUCCAGGAGAGAGGAGUGUGUCCCUGACCCUGAUGAUAAUAAAACUAAAAGGCUGUGUGUGAUCCAGUGAGGCCUCAGGUCCAGGCCCAAAGCUAAGUGAGCGCCCUGGACGGCUCAGCACAGCGUCGGGCGUCCCACAUGCUGCCUGGAGAGGGAGGCUCUUCGGGGCCAGGCUGGGACUGGGCCCCUGAGAAACCGAAACUCCGUGCCUUACCCAGCCAGGAGCCUCGGGAGCCUUGGCCGGCCGUGGACGCUAGGACCUGGCCUGGCGUCACCCUGGACCACCUGCACGCUCAGAGACUCACAGUCCGCUUUGCAAACCUCUGCCCGCCCCUAUUGCAUGCACACCUACCGCAGGGGUUGGGAGGGAGCCUCCUGUCUGGCUCUAGGGAGACAGGUGCAAACGCCUGCAAUGGGCUGCAGCAUCCCCAGCCUGCUUCCAUGGCUCACUCGGUUCUUUUUUAGCUGAGUGCUGUUUUAUGCAUCUUAGUUCUGCUGUGGCUGAGUUGGGGACAGGGAGGGCCCAAGGGAGGCUUGGUGGCAG